AUGAUUCGUUUACGUGAUGUGGCUAAAGAAUAUUUGGAAAACUCUACAUUGCAUGGAGCACGUUUCAUUGUGGACAAGGAAUUGUCCUGGAUAGAAAAGUUAUUUUGGGUAAUGUGUCUGGUGGCCUCGUGGUUUGCCUCAUGGAAGCUGAUAAAGGUGUCCUUGGAUGCCUUUGAAAACAAUUCCAUUAGUUUUGGUGUCGAAUCCAGUUAUCGUGACUGGGAGACGAAUUUUCCAGCCAUUGUGGUGUGUGAAUCCAAGAAUAUGGAUCGCAUACAAGAAGUUGCAGAACAACUUUGGGGUGCUGAUCACGACUUCACAUUGGAGGAGGUCUUGAGUGAAAUUGCCUUCUUUCGUGGUGAAUCGUAUCACACGGUACAUGAGUGUGGCGGAGAAGAACCUUCAGAGAAUUGUUUCUAUAGCAAUUUCUCAUAUUAUGCCCAGUUGGUGCGGAGCAGUUGUGAGAAUACCAUCAAAAAUUGUAUGUGGAACAAUAAACCAUUUCAGUGUUGUAAAUUUUUCCAUCGCAUGGAAACCGAAUUGGGGCUGUGCUAUGCCAUUAAUUCGCUGCAGGCGGGAAAUAAUGGUGGUCCUAAACUGAAUAUGUGGUCGAAUCGUUAUACUGGACCCGGGAAUUUGAAAUUAGAUAUACACACAGAGGCAGUGGUUUUCAUUCUCGGCGAGGAAGAAGUUCCCACCUUGGUUACCCCCAAAACGGACUAUCUCAUAGUUAGUCCUUAUAUAUCAUUUGUUCGUCACAUUGCCAAACAUGACAUCCAAAAUGACGAGGAGAUUCGCGAUACGAAAAUCUCUCAACGCAAUUGCCGUUUCAAUGAUGAAAAUAAUUUAGAUGUACAUCGCUAUUACAGCUACAGUGCCUGUACGGUGCAGUGUCGCAAGGAUAGGCAGCUGGAGUUGUGUAAUUGUUCCAGUCACUUGGCUCCGAAUACACCCAGUCAUCAAAUGUGCAAUAUGGAUGGUCUGGAGUGUCUAAAUCGUAAUUACGAAGAUUUAUCGGUGAUUAUUGCGAAGUGGUCGAAGAGUCGUCGUGGUUUGGUGUGUGAUUGUUUGCCAUCGUGUACGGAAGUGGAUAUCACAACGGCGGUGGAUAGUAAAGAUAAUAUUUACAGCCAAAUUCCGUAUUCAAAGGUGGAAAUAGCUUUGGUCGAAUUACCAACGGAACGUUAUAAACGAAAUUUGGUUCGAGAUAAAUUGGAUUUGGUUGUAUCAAUCGGCGGAACUACGGGCCUAUUUGUGGGUGCUAGCCUAUUGAGUUUUGUGGAGAUCUUAUAUUAUGCCACUAUACGUCCUUAUGGCAGCAUGAUGGCCAAGAAGCGAAUGUUAAGGCAGCAAAGGCAACAGCAAUGA